AUGGCUACGAACGGCUCUGACAAGCCUCAGGUCCAGCCCUGCAGGUACAAGGUCGGCAAGACGCUCGGUGCCGGCUCGUAUUCCGUCGUCAAGGAGUGCGUCCACAUCGACACCGGUCGCUACUAUGCCGCCAAAGUCAUCAACAAGCGAUUGAUGGCCGGCAGAGAACACAUGGUCCGCAACGAGAUUGCAGUCCUGAAAAAGGUCUCCAUGGGCCACCAAAACAUUCUCACCCUCGUCGACUACUUCGAGACGAUGAACAACCUCUACCUUGUCACCGAUCUGGCCCUCGGCGGUGAGCUGUUCGACCGUAUUUGCCGAAAAGGCUCUUACUACGAGUCCGACGCCGCAGACCUCAUCCGCGCCACCCUCUCCGCAGUUGCUUACCUCCACGACCAUGGUAUCGUCCACCGAGACUUGAAGCCCGAGAACCUGCUUUUCCGCACACCAGAAGAUAACGCCGACCUCUUGAUUGCCGAUUUUGGACUGAGUCGUAUUAUGGAUGAGGAGCAGUUCCACGUGUUGACGACGACGUGCGGUACUCCUGGCUACAUGGCCCCCGAGAUCUUCAAGAAGAUUGGCCACGGCAAGCCUGUAGACGUCUGGGCCCUCGGCGUCAUCACAUACUUCCUCCUCUGUGGAUACACCCCCUUCGACCGCGACAGCGAUUUCGAGGAAAUGCAAGCCAUCCUGAACGCCGACUACAGCUUCACACCCUUCGACUACUGGCGCGGCGUCUCCGAGCACGCCAAGGACUUCAUCCGCAAGUGUCUGACCAUCGACCCGAAGAAGCGCAUGACGGCGCACGAGGCUCUGCAGCACCCCUUCGUUGCGGGCUACCUCAACGGCGAGGGCGAGGGCCAGAACCUGCUGCCCACGGUCAAGAAGAACUUCAACGCCCGCCGGACAUUGCAUGCUGCCAUUGACACGGUCCGCGCAAUCAACAAGCUGCGCGAGGGCCAACAGAACCUUAUGGAUGGCGCCAAAUCCCGCGAGCCCGAUCGUGGGCUAAAGUCCCCACCGAACGCAAAGAAGGACGACAGUGCCAUCAGCAUGGGCAACACAAAUCACAAGGAUUCGGGCUACGGCACCCAGCCCGAGGCGGACAACCAGAACGACGUUGUCAUGACAGAUGCGGGACCGACACCGACCAGCGUGCCCGCAAGUCUGCGUCCAGGCAGUGAGCAGAACAAGGUCGUUGAGACAAGCAAGGGAUUGUGGAGCGGUCCCGCACUGCGGCGAUAG